UUGUGGGUCGGAGAGAGCCUCCAAACGAAACAGAGUCUCCCCCUGCUUGUGUUGCAAUUGAAUUAACCUAAGAGAGAGGAAGAUAGAUUCACAGUUGGUAGAAGCAGAGAUUCGCAGAUCGAUCGAAGAUGAACACUGACAUCACUGCCUUGGAGAAGCCCCAGUACCCCGUCGUCGAUCGGAACCCUCCAUUCACGAAAGUCGUCGGAAACUUCAGCGUCCUCGAUUACCUCCGUUUCUCCACCAUCACCGGCGUUUCCGUCACCGUCGGCUACCUAUCAGGGAUCAAGCCAGGGAUCAAGGGACCGUCGAUGGUGACGGGAGGACUGAUCGGACUCAUGGGUGGGUUCAUGUACGCUUACCAGAACUCCGCGGGCCGUCUCAUGGGCUUUUUCCCUAACGAAGGCGAGGUCGCGGCAAGUCACCAGAAGCGUGGUGGUUCGAUCAAUUGAAUCUAGGGGUUUUCCUGGGUCUCUGUUUGUAAUUGGAUUUUGAUUUUCUUUCUCUGAUAUUUGUUGCUGUUUUGAGGAUACGUUUGCCUCUGUUUGUCUGUUUAUGAUGACUUAUGGGUAAUAAAAAAAGACUGAGCUUUCUCGCAAA